CCCAGAGCAAGCUGAUUCUCUAGACUCCCCCUUUCCUGCCUGCACGGCUCAUCAGAAAGGAGCCCCAGCUUUGUUUGAAUCUGAUAGUAGCAUCCCUGGAGUUGAAGCCAGAAGCCAGGCUUUCCAUGAGGAGAUGGGACUACGUGGCCACCCAGGAAAGCUUGCGAGUCAAAGGGCCCUGAAGAGUGACUGCUUCCCUCUCCAACGGCAUGCCUUGUCCUGCUCUGCUUCCUGGGAACUUCAGAAAGCAGACUUUUCUUCCUUUCAAGCUCCUGGGACACUCCCAGGGUCAACACAACAGCAGUCCAGACAAUGAGAAGCCAGGGGCCUGGGCUCACAGUCCUGUCAGGUCUUCUAGAUGCCUUCUUGAGCCUGCGUGUGGCCACCCACAGACACUUUAAGGAGUCAACCUGGCAGAGACACUGUGAGAUGAGGAAUUAAAGCCUAGAUCCAAGGAGCAAUAGCUGAAGCCAGAAGACAAGAAAGUGGGUCCUGAAGACGCUUCUACUGAGAGGUCUACCAUGGCCUCUCUUGGCCUCCAACUUGUGGGCUACAUUCUAGGCCUCCUGGGGCUGUUGGGCACACUGGUUGCCAUGCUGCUCCCCAGCUGGCGAACAAGUUCUUAUGUUGGUGCCAGCAUUGUGACGGCAGUUGGCUUCUCCAAGGGCCUCUGGAUGGAGUGUGCCACACACAGCACAGGCAUCACCCAGUGUGACAUCUACAGUACUCUUUUAGGCUUGCCCGCCGACAUCCAGGCUGCCCAGGCCAUGAUGGUGACGUCCAGUGCAAUCUCCUCACUGGCCUGCAUUAUCUCUGUGGUGGGCAUGAGAUGCACAGUCUUCUGUCAGGAAUCCCGAGCCAAAGACAGAGUGGCAGUAGUGGGCGGCGUCUUCUUCAUCCUUGGAGGCCUCCUGGGCUUCAUUCCUGUUGUCUGGAAUCUUCACGGGAUCCUGCGGGACUUCUACUCACCACUGGUGCCUGACAGCAUGAAAUUUGAGAUUGGAGAGGCUCUUUACUUGGGCAUUAUUUCCUCCCUGUUCUCAAUGGUAGCUGGAAUAAUCCUCUGCUUUUCCUGCCCAUUCCAGAGAAAUCGCUCCAACUACUAUGAUGCCUACCAAGCCCAGCCUCUUGCCACUAGGAGCUCUCCAAGGCCUGGUCAACCUCCCAAAGUCAAGAGUGAGUUCAACUCCUACAGCCUGACAGGGUAUGUGUGAAGAACCAGGGGCCAGAGCUGGGGGGUGGCUGGGUCUGUGAAAACCAGUGGACAGACCCCCCAGGGCCACAGAUGAGGGACAUUGCCACUGGAUUGUGUCAGAAGGUGCUGCUGAGGAUAGACUGACUUUGGCCAUUGGAUUGAGCGAAGGCAGAAACAGGAGCUAGUGUGACUGUAUGUAGGUUGAAUUGCCAAGGAUGCUCGCCACGCCAGUCUUUCUGUUUCCCUCACCUUGUCCUCUCCCAUCCUGAGUCCCCAACCCUCAAUUUGGUACCCCACUCCCCUACCUUUAGCUCGACCCUAGAGGCUCCCUUCACCCUUUGGUUUACCUGGGAAUUCAUCCCAAAACCCACUAAUCACAUCCCACUGACCCUCUAUGAUCAAAGACCCUCUCCCUCUGGCUGAGGUUGGCACUUAGCUCACUGUUGGGGAUAGGGAGAAGGAUAAGUGGUGGCUUUUAUGGGCAUAGUUCUAACCUCCUUCUUAAGCCUCUCUUCAAAGAAACUGAUUGAUCAGUAAUAGGCCCUGGAACCUCCAUCCCACUCUUGUUAUGACUCCACAGUGUCCAGACUGGUUUGUGCAUGAACUGAAAUAAAGCCAUCGCAUGGUAUCCAGGGAAUAGAAAGCAACUGGGUGCAGGAUGAGAAAAUGGGAAGGCAUCC